AGCCAGAGGCCCCAUUUGGAUGGUCUGGGUAGGGAGGGGCUGUUUGAAGCUCAAGCGCUCCCCUCCCUCCCUGGUGCUGUGAGAGAGGUGUCAUCUCUCUCCCAAGAUAACAGGACUACCGGGUCCUCCUCCUGCAGCUACUCUGGGCUGCGGUCUGCUCCCCGCUCUUCCCCUAGCCCCUGCUUCAGCCCUCUGGGAGUAGCUGGGUGGGAACAGGCCAGCCCUGUUGCAUAACCCUGUGGCUGGGACGCUGGGGAGGCCGGGCUGGAGAGCAGGUGCUCAGCCCCUCCCUCACCACCAACAGUGAAAAUCUUCCUCUGGAGCCCAGCCUUGGGGUGGCCCAGCAUGGAGGCAGCCACAGCUCUGGAGGUGGCCUCGGGAUCCACACCGAAGGUGAAAGAAGCCAGCCUAGCCGAUGCUGACGGAGCCCAGGCUUCACCUCGGCGGGGGGCCGUCAGCCCCGUUCCCCAGCUCCUGCCCCCCACAGAAGAGCACCCCAAGAUCUGGGCCCUGCAUCAGGCCCUGAGGCAGACCUACAUCCGGAAGGUUGGAGACACUCUGAAUCUACUAAUCCCGUUCCAGGGCAAACCCCAACCUCAAGCCAUCUGCACGCAUGACGGCUGCACCUUGGACGCCAGUCAUGUGAGCAUGUGGAAUGGGGAGCGGGACUCCAUCCUCUUCAUCCGAGAGGCCCAGCGUGCUGACUCGGGUCACUACCAGCUCCGUGUGCAGCUGGGCGGGCUGGAGGCCACCGCCACCAUUGACACCCUGGUGAUCGAGAGGCCAGGCUCUCCUCAGAGUAUCAAGUUGGUGGAUGUCUGGGGCUCCAGCGCUACCCUGGAGUGGACUCCGCCCCAAGACACGGACGCACUCCUGGGGUACACGGUGCAGAAGGCUGACACCAAAUCUGGGCUGUGGCUCACGGCGCUGGAGUGCUAUCACCGCGCCAGCUGCACAGUCUCCAACCUCAUUGUCGGCAACUCCUAUGCACUUCGAGUCUUUGCUGAGAACCAGUGUGGGCUCAGCCAGACAGCCUCUGUCACUGCUGACCUGGCCCACAUCCAGAGAGCAGCUACUGUUUACAAGACCGAGGGGUUUGUCCAGUGAGAUUUCUCAGAAGCCCCGAAGUUCAGCCAGCCUCUGGCAGACUGCACUACAGUCAUUGGCUGUGACACCCAGCUCUUCUGCUGCGUCCAUGCCUACCCCAAGCCAAAGACCAUCUGGCUAAAGAACAAGAUGGAUAUCCAAGGCAACCCCAAGUACAGAGCCCUCACUCACCUGGGAAUCUGCUCCCUAGAAAUCCACAAGCCUGGCCCCUUUGACGGGGGCAUCUACACCUGCAAGGCCGUUAACCCCCUGGGGGAGGCGUCAGUGGACUGUCGGGUGGAUGUGAAAGCUCCUAAUUGAGGCACCCUAAGCGGACAUGGGCAACUCUGAGG